GGUGGCAGUCGGCAGCACCCGUGGCUGGUGGCUGAGGGCCGGGGAGCGGCUCGGCGACCGCGGCAUCGCCGGCUCUACGCAGACGCCGCCGUGGUUCGGCGUAUCUGGUGUGUGCCCCGGCCGCCGCCUGGGAAGACAGAGGGUGAGGAAGACGUACGGUUCGUUGUCACCGAGCUCUUGGGCUAGCCGGUGAGAGCCCGCGAAGCAGCGGUGAGAGAGAUGUAACCCAGGCCGACCCAAAAUAAUGGAAAUCUCUGUCCGGUCCCGAGCGAUAGGGUGAUAAGUGGUAUCUUUUACUUCUUCGGAGCGUGUUUCUCUCACCGACGGAAGUUGAACAGCAGCAUUCUUCUACUGUUAUCCCUCACUCUCCUACCCUAUAUUGAAAAGAUAUGAAUGAACAUCCUAAAAAAAGGAAAAGGAAGACUUUGCACCCAUCUCGAUAUUCAGAUUCUGCAGGGAUUAACAAAAUUGCAGAUGGAUUCAGUGGCAUUUUCUCUGAUCACUGUUACAGUGUCUGUUCUAUCCGACAUCCAGACUUAAAAUAUUUUGAGAACAAAGAUGACGAUUCCGACACAGAGCUAUCGAGCGACUCGCCUAAAUUCGCGGAGGGAAUUCGAGCCAGGAACAGAAAUCAGAACUACCUAGUUCCCAGUCCCGUGCUCAGAAUACUAGACCACACCACCUUUCCUACAGAGAAACCGGGUCCCGACACUGAAAUCUGCGAUGACGAAUGCGAUUCUCCAGAAUCCGUCCAUCCCCCAAACCCGGAGGAGAGCCCUAUAGAAGUGCACACCGCGGAAGACGUUCCAAUCGCCGCGGAAGUGCACGCCGUUUCCGAGGAUUAUGACGUGGAGCCCGAAAACAUUUCAUCUGAAAGUCUUCGGGACCAGAUUGAUGAAGAACCACCUGCGAAGUUUUGUAAAGUCCUCGACAAGGGACAGGCUCUGAAUGUCACCGCCCAACAGAAGUGGCCCUUGUUAAGAGCUAAUAGCAGCGGCCUCUAUAAAUGUGAACUCUGUGAGUUUAACAGCAAGUACUUCUCUGACUUGAAGCAGCACCUGAUCCUGAAGCACAAGCGAACCGAUUCCAACGUGUGCCGAGUAUGCAAGGAGAGCUUCUCUACCAACGUGCUCUUAAUCGAGCACGCCAAACUGCACGAGGAAGAUCCCUACAUCUGCAAAUACUGCGAUUACAAAACGGUGCUCUUUGAAAACCUCAGCCAGCACAUUGCGGAUACUCAUUUUAGUGACCACCUGUAUUGGUGCGAGCAGUGUGAUGUGCAGUUCUCUUCAAGCAGUGAGCUCUACCUGCACUUCCAGGAGCACAGCUGUGACGAACAGUACCUCUGUCAGUUUUGUGAACACGAAACCAAUGACCCGGAAGAUUUGCAUAGCCACGUGGUGAACGAGCACGCGUGCAAAUUAAUAGAGUUAAGCGAUAAGUACAAUGGGGAGCAGGGGCAGUACAGCCUUUUAAGCAAAAUUACUUUCGAUAAAUGUAAGAACUUUUUCGUGUGUCAGGUGUGUGGUUUUCGAAGUAGACUGCAUACGAACGUCAACAGGCACGUUGCUAUCGAACAUACGAAAAUCUUCCCUCACGUUUGCGAUGACUGUGGGAAAGGAUUUUCAAGUAUGCUUGAGUACUGCAAGCAUUUAAAUUCGCAUCUGUCCGAGGGGAUUUAUUUAUGUCAAUACUGUGAAUAUUCGACGGGUCAGAUCGAAGAUCUUAAGACGCAUCUGGAUUUCAGGCACGCGGCCGACUUACCUCACAAAUGUAAGGACUGUUUGAUGAGGUUCGGGAAUGAGAAGGAACUUCUAAGUCACCAUCAGGUUCAUGAAGCGACUUGAUUUUGGUCCUCUGUUUGAAUUCACAGGGUUUUUUUUGUAAAAUAAUAAACUCAAUUUUAAUUAGAGGUUUUUACGGCAGGUGAUGACGUUCAUUAAAUAUUUAAUGACGGAGUCAUUUCCAGUUGAAUCAAUUUCAUUAAAUUUUUGGAUUUGGAAGCUUCUGAGAUGUGGGAUUUUGGCUUGCUUUAGGGUCUCUUAGUUGGAUGUUUAGGUGAGUUGAACCACUCAGAGCAAAACUUGCCCAAUACUGAGACUUUCCCAGUGUGGCAACUUAUCUUUCAGGAAGGUCCAGAGUUACUGUUGGUUUUUUCAAAUUGUCUUUUAUAUUGUAGUGCUACAGGUACAGAUAUAGGAUAAAUGGAAAUGGAUCAUUUUCCCCUCCUUGCCAUUCCAGUCUCUUUAAAAUUAAUUUUUUUAGUAUUUAGAGUUUAUUUAUAAUUGUUCUUCAGGCCCAGACCACUUCUCUCUGACUCAUAACCCAUUUAGGUGAACCUCAAAAGAGCGGCCAGUCCAAUCCUCAUCCAGAUUGGUAAUGUGUGUUCCAGCCUUCUCCGUAGUCGCUUCCUGGCCCAUCCUGAGAAAUGUACAGCGGGCUGCGAAUGGAGAAAAUUGGAAACUCACCCUUCACGAAGGCAAGUUGACAACACAACAUGAUGGUAAAUUUUAGGGAGCUUUCAUACCCUUGGUGACAGAAAAUAAACUUGGGCAGGAUCAUCCAA